AUGACUGAGGAGGAGAUUGUUCGUACUUUCAUCAAGGCUCACGAUCCACCCUAUUUUGAAGAGAUCUUCCGCAUGACUGGAAGUUCAUUUGCUGCUAUCAUUAACAAGUUGGAGGAGUAUGAUGAAUUUGUCAAAGCAGGAAAGAUUGUUAAUGUGUCUGCAUUAAAGUUGCAAUUGGAUGCUCUACAAAAUCAAAACAACAAUGGGAAAAAGCCCCCAUUCAAGAAGAAAGAAGGUGAUACUGCUUUUAUAUGGGAUCAAGGCCCGUCUUACAGACCCCGAAACCAUCCCACCUAUUCUUUUCCUUACCCGUAUUACACCAAUCCGCAACCAGUCUACCACACUACUAUCCAAUUCCAUCAUUCCCGACCAAAUCAUUUGAAUACCUCGCCCUUACCUCCAACUCCACAACCUGUCUUUCAAAAUCACUCUCGUCCCAUUUACCAUUCCAGACCAACCCUGCAAAACAAUAACCCUUCUCAAAAUCCUUUGCAAACCAGUGGAAUUCAAACUCAGAAGCAAUUUCGAACCUUCACCAAUUUGGGCCGACCUAUUGAUCAGUUGUAUGAGCAAUUAAAAGCAGCUGAGAAAAUUGGCACUGUUCCUCCCAAAAUCUAUCCCAGAGGUCCUCCUGCCGGUUAUGAUUCGCAUGCAAUCUGUGCUUAUCAUUCUGGAAGUCCAGGUCAUACCACUGGCAAUUGUUGGGCUUUAAAACAUAAGAUUCAAGACAUGAUUGACGCUGGAGACAUCCUUCUCAGAAGAAAGGGAGAGCAGGGACCAAAUGUUAGUAAGAAUCCUUUACCUGAGCAUGGGAACACUGUGGGACUUAUCACCGCUGAUGAAGAUUUUGUCGAUCCCACUCAGUACAUUUUAGAUGAAACUGAAGUGUUUGGCGUGAUGGAGGCUGACCAUGUGAGAAUUAGAAAACUGUCGCCUGUUGAAAAGUCCAUGACUAAAGAUAAUGUCGAGGAAAAUUUGAAAUCUUUUGUGUUUGAAAAAAAUGAGCCAUUCAUAGUAGAAGGAGGGCCUUCCGAGAUUGACAAUUCUAAAGCUCCUUUUAUUCUGGAUUUACCAUCUUUUGAAUGGGAUGUAUCAGAGCCUGCCAUUCGUAAAUUUUCGGAACAAAUGCCUGUCAAUAACUUGCAAGAGGUACCAUGGAACUACGAGGAGUCUAGUCUGUUAAUUGGAGACAAAUAUUGCUUGAAGGAGGACGUAUCUAAUAUUACUAGGUCUGAAAAAUUUGUGGGAAACCCCGAAAUCGAUGUUCAAUCCAGGGCCAAGAUUAAAUCCCUGACGCCCAAGUCUCUUGUGUCUGAAGAGGAAGCCGUGGAUUUUCUAAAGAUGCUGAAGAGAAGCGAGUACAAAACAGUGGAGCAGUUGGAUGGGAUGCCUGCUCAGAUCUCUUUUUUGAAUCUUCUCUUGACCUCCGAAUUACACAGAGAAGCAUUGCUCAAAAUUCUGAACGAAGCUCAAGUCCCUAAAGAUAUUCCGGUGGAUAAAUUUUCUAACAUUGUGGGGAAUGUACUUGUUGCUAAUCAUAUUGCUUUCUCCGAUGAUGAAUUGACUGCAGAAGAGAUCGGACAUAACAGAGCCUUGUAUAUAUCAGUCCGCUGCAAUGGAAAGCUGUUGCCGAGGGUUUUAGUGGAUAAUGGGUCUGCGUUGAAUAUCUGUCCAUGGAACACUCUUACCAAGCUUGGAUUUCUUGAUAUUAAACUUCAUCCAUCUGCAACUGUGGUUCGAGGAUUUGAUGGUUCAAGAAGGGAAUCUAUGGGUGAAGCAGAUCUGGUAUUGGAGAUAGGUCCUGCUCAAUUCCAAGUUACUUGCCAAGUGAUGGACUUUUCCAGCGUUUACAAUAUUUUGCUUGGAAGACCUUGGAUACAUACUUUCAAUUCAAUGUCAUCUUCUCUGCAUCAAAUAUUGAGGUUUAUUGUGAAUGAUCAGCUUAUUACUGUGUUUGCUGAGGAUGACUGUACCAUGAUUGUUAAUGCAAAAUUCAAUGGUGAAAAUAGAAAAAAAACUCCAAUUUCAUCUCAUCACGUUGCUGAUAUUGUCUCUGUGGGAUGGGCAUCCAGAGAUAAGUCGCUGACUCAAUCAAAUUUGCCAGAGACCAGUAUUAUGAUGGCUAGGGAGAUGAUCCGAGGCGGAUACGAGAUAGGAAAGGGUCUUGGGAGAGAAUUACAAGGAAUUUUGGAGCCAAUAGAGAUCCCGACGCAGAAGGAUACAUUUGGACUUGGAUUUCAUCCAACUGUUAAGGAUAGAAGGGAAAUGCAAGCUCGAAAACAAGCUGAAAAGAAGGGUAAGCAAACUUCCUUAAACGUCCCACCGUUAUAUCACACUUUUCCUUGUCCAUCAGAGGUGAUUAUGCUAGAAACGAAAAAUCCUGUGGAGGAGAUUGAAGUGGACCUAUCUCAGUUAUUUGUCGGGGCCACUUGUGAGGAGGAGCCAUCAGAAAAUGCAGAAUUUUUGCCAAUUACCUAA